AUGCAGAGGAUGAUGUCUUAUGUGUUUCCAGUGGGCUCCUUUGGCCACUCCAAUAGGUUGUUCUCACGGGAUUUUGCCGAGAUCCAGAAGCAAGGGAUCCAGGAAAACGGGAUUUACAAACCUUCAGCAUCAGCAUUUGAGGCUUAUUGUGACAUGGUGACCGAUGGCGGGGGAUGGACCGUCUUCCAGCGUCAGGAGGACGGCUCGGUGGAUUUCAACCGGACUUGGGAGGAGUACAAGCGAGGGGUCUGCAGCCUGGAGAGGGAGCACUGGCUGGUGAACGAGGCUGUGCACGGGCUGACAGGUGGCGGUGGGGGGGGGAGGCAACACGCGCUACGGAUGGCGCUGGAGGACUGGCACGGGGUGCAGAGUCACACCGUAUACAGGAGGUUCAGGCUGGCCGGGGAGCAGGGCAACUACAGGCUGACGGUCAGGGAGUACCGGGUCAACGCAGGCAACAGGCUGAGCUACAACCAUGUCCGCAAGCCCUUCAGCAUGGACGACAACAACAACUACGCUGGCGGCAACUGUGGCUCCUAUUACGGGGCCUGUCUCCUGUCAGCCUAUCUCGAGGCCAAUCUGAACGGCCGCUAUUACACAGGCAAGUACAGCAGCCUGACUGACGGUAUCUACUGGGGAGCCUGGUACGUCCUGACAGAUAGGCGGACUCAGCAGAAAUACUCCUUCAAACGGUUGGAAAUGAAGACGAGACUGCUUGGCUUUUAA